AUGCCAAGUUCUCCCUUUGUCAUAAGUCAGGGUGGCGACUUAUUUAAACAAAAAAGAUUUGCUAGCUCAAUAACUGAUCAGCCUGAUACGGAGUGGCUUCACAUGGCAGACCUUGCUGACGCAGAAAGAACUCCUCUCCUCAAUGAUGACCAAUUUACGAUUUGUACUCCCGGUUUCCCUAGCGAGGAUUCAGCAAGAAGUGUCCACUUCAAUGAAGUUUUAAAAGAGGCCAUUGAAGCCAUUAACUGUAGCGUUUUUCCCGAGAGGAUUUACCAGGGAUCUAGUGGAAGUUAUUUUGUCAAAAGUCGCGAUGGUAAAAAGAUCGCUGUGUUUAAGCCGAAGGAUGAAGAACCCUAUGGAAAAUUGAAUCCAAAGUGGACAAAGUGGAUGCACAAGCUCUGCUGCCCCUGUUUCUUCGGUCGCAGUUGUUUAGUUCCCAAUCAGGGCUAUCUUUCUGAGGUGGCUGCAAGUCUCGUCGAUGAAAAGCUCGGUUUAAAUAUCGUUCCUACCACGAAGGUUGUUAAAUUGGCAAGUAAGACAUUCAAUUACCGUGCUGCUGUGCGCGCUGCAUCACAGACGAAACAGCGGUUCGCUGAUCGUUUUCCUGAUUUGGGGCGACACUUUCACAGACUUGGACUUCCUCCUAAGGUGGGCUCUUUCCAACUCUUUGCUUCGGGUUGUCAGGACGCCUAUUAUUGGCUCAAUCGAUUUGAUGCGGAUCCACUGCCGGAGGAGACACAGACCAGCCUUCAGCAUCAAUUUGAGAAGCUGGUUGUCCUUGACUACGUUAUUCGUAAUACCGAUCGUGGCAAUGACAACUGGCUCAUUCGUUACGAACCGCCAGAAGUCUCAGCACUCCCCUCAGAGAGAAGCGCCGAUUCCUCCAAUUCCUCUUCAUCCUCUCCACCCGGGAUCCCGAAGGUUACAGUUGUCGCCAUUGACAACGGCCUUGCAUUCCCUUUCAAACAUCCCGACGAAUGGCGAGCUUACCCCUUCUACUGGGCUUGGUUGCCAUUAGCAAAAAUUCCCUUCUCCGAUGACAUUUGCAAUCACAUUCUCCCACUAAUAACCAGCGUGCACUUCGUGAACGAGCUUAUCCGUGACCUGUAUAAACUGUUUAAGACGGAUCCAGGAUUUGAUCGAAAGACGUUUGAAAAGCAGAUGUCUGUUAUGCGAGGUCAGAUUCUGAAUUUACAGCGCGCCUUGCGUGAACGAAAAACUCCUCUUCAACUAGUUCAAACACCAGUUGUGGCAGUUGAACGAGAGAAGCGAUCAAUAACUCAGCGUCUGCAACAGGCAGCCCGAGAACUGCUGCCUCCAAAUGUGCAGUUGGGACGAAGCGUCCCGGAAGACGAGGAGGAGGCCUGUGUUAGUCCCUCGGGCGACGAGUUGGAACCUCCAGACUCACCGGGUAGCGGAGCUAGCGGUGGGGGUUACUUUACCUCUCGCUACUCUCGUCGUCCCUUCUUCACUCGAUUCUAA